UUUCUGUCUAUGUUCCUUGAAGUUUAGGUAAAAAAAUUCUAGUCUACUCCGAUCGCUGGUAAUCAUCCAUACAUUCAUCAAUUCGCAGCGCCGUGGCAGGUUGUGAACAAGGCGCGGGUGGGGGCGGCGGGCGCGGCGCCGAGACCAUCCGUCGCGUAAAGGUGAAAAUGUCGUCAGUGUCGGCACAAGGCGUGGUGGAGCGUGCGUCGGCCGAACUGUCGCGCCGCAUCACCGGCCUGGGACUGCGCGGCCGCAAACGCUCGCCUGGCGUAGUGGAGCGCGUUGCCAACGCACUCUGCGGGCCCGCCUCCCCCGCCGCCGCCCCGCGAGUCCCUCGCCGUCGGCGACCCUCUCCGCGCCCGCUCGUCUGGGGCCAGUUCGUACUUGAAGAGAGGUUCCUGGACAAGUUCUUCCUGUACUUCACGGCAAGCGAAAGGCGGACGCUCGCGCAGGUGUGCACCAAGUGGCGCGACCAGCUGUACUCGUCGCCGCGCUGGUGGAGCGGCCUGGUGGCGGUGCUCGACUGUCGCGAGCUGCGCUCCGCCACCGGCUGCUGCAUGCUGAGGUUCUACAAUUCGCUAGUUAGAAGGGGUAUCCGCGGGGUGGUGCUAGUCUCGGCGACUGAUGAUGAUAUUAAUGAAUUUAUUAGGCAGUUUCCUAUGUCUAUUCACCAUAUACAUGCUCUAAGCUUAAAAGGAUGCACGAUAACUGAUCGAGGGUUGGAAGCUAUUCUGGAUCACUUACAGGUUCUGUUUGAGCUAGAAUUAACUGGAUGCAAUGAAAUAACAGAGGCUGGUUUGUGGGCAUGUCUAACUCCACGAAUUGUCUCACUCACGCUUACUGACUGCAUUAAUAUAGCUGACGAGGCUGUGGGUGCAGUAGCUCAACUUUUGCCAUCUCUUUACGAGUUCUCUCUUCAAGCUUACCACGUGACCGACGCUGCUCUCGGGUUCUUCUCGCCAAAGCAAAGCGCGUCUCUGAGCGUGUUACGUCUUCAUAGCUGUUGGGAACUCACUAACCAUGGUGUCGUUAAUAUUGUGCACGCCCUACCAAACCUGACAGUGUUAUCACUAAGCGGGUGCAGUAAAGUAACAGACGAAGGCGUGGAGUUGUUAGCAGAGAACCUUCCUCGCUUACGGAGUCUCGACUUGAGCUGGUGUCCACGCGUAACUGACAACGCUCUGGAGUAUAUCGCCUGCGAUCUCAAUCAUCUGGAGGAGCUGACUCUUGACCGUUGCGUACGCAUCACGGACAUAGGAGUAGGAUACAUCAGUACGAUGCAAUCCCUGGUGGCGUUAUUCCUGCGCUGGUGCUCGCAACUUUGCGACUUCGGUGUGCAACAUUUGUGUGGAAUGCGCUCUUUACAGCUAUUGUCCUUAGCUGGUUGUCCCUUAUUGACGUCCGGGGGGCUAUCAAGCCUUAUACAACUACGACAGUUAAGAGAACUAGAGCUGACCAACUGUCCCGGCGCAUCACCAGAGCUCUUCGACUAUUUACACGAACAUCUGCCACGUUGUGUCAUCAUUGAAUGAGCGGACUCUACGAUGCGCUAGCGGAAAGUCGUGGUGUCGUCAAGGAUAUCCCAGUGUGGGCUGGCGGGCAUAAAACCCUCUUCAACACCGGAUUUGUGUUGGCCCUUAAAGGCUUAAAUGUAGAUAACAUCUGAGUCAAAGUGAAAAGUUUUAUAUUAUUUGUGGUGUUUGUCAUUUAACGUUUUCUAAGUCUAUAUUUUGUAUUUUUUUUCCAUCUAUAUACAAUGGAAUGUUGCUGUCUAGUCCAUCUGAUUAUCUUAUUCUAAGGUAUUAUUUUGUACGGUAGCUCAAUAUUUAUUUCUCCUAAGCCGUGUUACAUCUUCUAUUCAUUACAGCUCCAUUGUAAGAUUUAACAUUCACUUUCUGAUAACAUUAUUUUCUGAACAUGCAGUAUUGUGUAUUGCUUACAUGCCAUUUAGAUAUCACUUCUCAUCUUUCAGUAUGACGUCGUAAUGUCUCAUGUUCUAUUCGUUCAAUAUAAACAUCGAGUAUAUAACCAGAAAUAAGAGACGAAAUGUCAUUUAAUUUGUUUGAAACUAUUCUGCCAUAUUUACUGUGACAACUGCGCUCCGAUUGGCCAGCCCGAAU